AGUCGAAGGAGCUUUUCCAAGGCUUUACAGCGCCUCGAAUCCGGAAAUUGAACGCUGCUCUGGAUAGCACAGAACAUCGAGCAUUGCUCGCCAGCGAGCUUCCUGGUGUCGCUCGAGCCGUGCACGUUGGCACUGUCGUGAGUUACUCGCAGCAAACGAACUUCGCACCGAGACCUGUAGAUGGCGAUUCAGCGCUCCUCGUGAACUGUUCGUUAUAGCUGACUCGGAGGUCAUCCGCUUCCGACGUUAAUUUCUCUUGACAGAGACAACGUAAUUAUUCAGAAUCUCGGAUUGGAUUCAACUCAUCUCGCGACCGGAAAUUCAGCCCAAGGCCCCGGGAAUGAACGGGGAAACCGACAUGAACGCUCACGAUCCACCGGCUUCCACUAAGCUUUGGGGGAGAAUCCUGCCGACCCUGAUCCUUUUCGCCGUUUCGUCGAUCGGAUACUUCUCCUCCCACCGGCGCUCGGAGCUCGGAGCGGAAACCAGAGGGCUGCUGAAGAUAAUACCCAUAUUAUUUCUCGCUUCGUUUUGUAUCUUCGAGGGCCGCAGCCGAUCCAAAUACAGAUAUUACGUGACGGCGGGUCUGCUGGCAUCUUGCGCCGGAGAUUAUUUCUUGGUCUGGAGCGACGAAGACAAUUUCAUGCGGGGAAUGGGAGCCUUCGCCCUCGCCCACCAAUUGUACAUCCUGGCUUUCGGCUUCAAGUCCCUCUCUCCGGUUCUGAUGAUUUCUGCGGCAAUCUCGGGAUCGAGCGUAGCGAUGAUCUUGUUACCUCAUCUGAAAGGUGUUCUCGCCUACGGUGUGCCGUGCUAUAUCGUUCUCAUUUCGUGCAUGGUCUGGCGAGCUUCCGCGCGUGUGCACCCCCCGUGCGAAUGGCCGAGCGUGGUCGGCGCUCUUGGCGCAUUAGUAUUCGCAGUCUCGGACCUCAACCUCGCACUGAACGCGUUUUACUUCGAAAUGCCGUACGAGGGGCAUCACACGGUGACGAUGGUAUUUUACUACAUCGGCCAGCUGUGCAUAGCCCUUUCUGUGUCGGAUCACGAGAGGCUGGUCUGA